UGACAAUACGGGUAAACGCCUGUCGAGCUAAAGCUUCUUAUCAACGUCAAAAUAAACACAUACAUCUAGCAAACAAUUUUUGGCCAAUAAUUUUUAUACCAUUAUCGUAUGUUUCAUAUUGAUACACUACGAGAGUAUUUAAAUAUACACAAUGGGUGCAUCGACGAAUAAUUUGGUUUCAAAGAAUACGCGAGCAUUGAUUUUGGUCGGUGGGUAUGGUACACGCUUGAGACCAUUAACAUUGAGUCGGCCAAAGCCACUGGUUGAGUUCAGCAAUAAGCCAAUUUUAAUGCACCAAAUCGAAGCACUUGUAGAAGCGGGCGUUAAACAAGUGAUUUUGGCCGUUUCAUAUCGCGCCGAACAAAUGGAAUUGCAGUUGAAAAAAGAAAGUGAAAAACUUGGAGUUGAUAUAGUUUUCUCGCACGAAACUGAACCACUAGGAACGGCCGGACCGAUAGCAUUAGCACGAGACCUAUUAACCUCAAGCGAUGAACCAUUUUUCGUUCUCAAUUCGGAUGUGAUAUGUGAUUUUCCAUUUCGCGAACUCGAAGCAUUCCAUCGUAAUCAUGGCCAAGAAGGAACAAUUGUUGUAACAAAAGUCGAAGAACCAUCGAAGUAUGGCGUUGUUUUGUAUAACGAGGCUGGAUGUAUUCAAGAUUUCAUCGAAAAACCACAGGAAUUUAUCAGCAAUAAAAUCAAUGCCGGAAUAUACAUUUUCAAUCCAUCUGUCUUGAGUAGAAUUGAAAUAAAACCGACAUCUAUUGAGAAAGAAGUGUUUCCCGUAAUGGCGAAAGAACAGCAAUUGUACGCAUUUGAAUUGCCCAAUUUUUGGAUGGAUAUCGGCCAACCUAAAGACUUCCUAACUGGUAUGUGUCUGUAUUUGAAUUCCUUACGCCAGAAAAAUUCGAACGCACUUUACCAAUGUGGGGCCGAAAAACGAACCAUUGUCGGAAAUGUGUUGGUGCAUCCAACAGCAACAAUUGGAGUGGGCUGUAGAAUAGGACCAAAUGUAACCAUUGGACCAAAUUGUGUGAUUGAAGACGGUGCUUGUAUAAAACGUUCAACAAUAUUGGAAGGCGCCAUAAUCAAAAGUCAUGCAUGGCUCGAUAGUUGUAUAGUUGGUUGGCGCUCAACUGUUGGCCGCUGGGUACGCAUGGAAGGUACGACGGUACUUGGUGAGGAUGUCAUUGUUAAAGAUGAAAUUUAUAUAAAUGGCGGCCAGGUUCUUCCUCACAAAAGUAUACAGUCCAGUGUUCCAGAACCACAAAUUAUUAUGUAAUUCGUAUUCUUUAGGCUAAAUUAAAAUAAACAUACACGAUUUACAACAAA